UCAGUCAGAGAUGACAUUUCACCUAUAACUGUCAUCUCAGUGCGUCGAUCAUCCGAUCAUUCCAUUUUUUCAAAAUUCCCGUGCACACGAUGGCCUCAAGCUCGUCGAAAACGAAACAGAAAUCGCCAUCGGGAAACGCAUCGUCUUCGACUCCAGCCUGCGGACCUCCUGUUGGGAUCGAUCUGGGAACAACUUAUUCUUGCGUGGGGGUGUUUCGCAACGGCGCAGUGGACAUCAUCCCCAACGACCAGGGGAACAGGACAACCCCCAGCUUCGUGGCCUUCACCAACGUGGAGAGGUUGGUGGGGGACUCGGCGAAGCAGCAGGCUGCCAUGAAUCCGAGCAACACUGUCUUUGAUGCGAAAAGACUCAUCGGUAGGAAAUUCGAGGAUCCUGCGGUGAAGCAGGACAUGAAGCAUUGGCCUUUCGAGGUCAUCAACGACCAGGGAAAACCAAAAAUCAAGAUUUCUUACAAGAACGAAACGAAGACAUUCUUCCCGGAGGAAAUCUCUUCCAUGGUACUGAGCAAAAUGAAGGAGACUGCGGCUAGUUUUCUGGGAACAAAUGUAUCCAAGGCCGUUAUAACCGUUCCCGCUUAUUUCAAUGAUUCACAGCGACAAGCCACAAAGGACGCCGGAACAAUUGCAGGAUUGGAUGUGUUGAGAAUCAUAAACGAACCAACGGCAGCUGCCAUAGCGUAUGGACUGGAUAAAAAGGGCGAAAACGAAAAGUAUAUUCUUAUAUUCGAUAUGGGUGGUGGAACAUUCGACGUCUCAAUCUUGCUUCAGGCUGGUGGAAUUUUUGAAGUUAAAUCUACAGCUGGUGAUACUCAUCUCGGUGGGCAGGAUAUUGACAAUACUAUGACUGAAAAUUUUGCAGAAGAAUUCCAAAGGAAAUACAAAGUCAAUAUUAUGGAUAACAAGAGGGCACUCAGACGAUUGCAGACCGCUUGCGAGAGGGCCAAGAGGACGCUCUCCUCCGCCACCCAGGCCUCUAUCGAAAUCGACUCCUUGGCGGAGGGAAUCGAUCUCUAUACGAACCUCUCCCGAGCGAAAUUCGAAGAGAUGAAUAUGACGAUAUUCAAGAGGACGAUGGAGCCCGUCGAGAAAGCGAUCAAGGAUGCAAAAUUGUCGAGGGGUCAGAUCAACGAAGUGGUUCUCGUCGGAGGAUCCACCCGCAUCCCUAAGAUUCAAGCAAUGCUGCAGAACUUCUUCCAGGGCAAAGCGCUGAACAAGUCCAUAAACCCAGACGAAGCAGUGGCGUACGGGGCUGCAGUCCAAGCCGCCAUCUUGUCCGGAGACAAGUCCGAAACCGUGGCUGAUCUUCUGCUUCUUGACGUGACGCCGUUGUCCCUUGGCAUCGAGACUGCCGGCGGUGUCAUGACCACGAUCAUCUCCAGAAACUCCACGAUACCGAUCAAACAUUCGCAGAUCUUUUCGACAUACGCUGAUAAUCAACCAGGUGUUCUGAUCCAAGUCUACGAAGGAGAAAGAUCAAUGACGAAAGAUAACAACCUAUUGGGGAAAUUUGAAUUGAUAGGAAUUCCUCCUGCCCCUAGAGGUAUACCUCAGAUUGAAGUUACUUUCGAUAUCGACGCAAACGGAAUAUUGAAUGUUAGCGCCAUCGAGGCGGCAACUGGUCGUAAAAACACUAUAACAAUCAAAAACGAUAAAGGACGAUUAACUACUGGCCAAAUCGAAGGAAUGGUAAAGGAAGCCGAAAAAUAUCGGGCACAAGAUGAAAAGUUAAGAGCUCAAGUAGCUGCUAAAAACGAAUUGGAAACUUAUGUAUAUCAGAUCAAAAAUAUGCUUUCUGAACCAGCUCUCGAAGGAAAAAUUCCAGCUUCGGAUAGAACAACACUCAUCAACACGUGUGAAGCUGCAUUAGACUGGAUGUCAAAAAAUCCAAACGCUUCAGAACAAGAUAUAAACCGUAAAAAGCAGGAAAUUGAAAAUAUUUGCAAACCAAUUGCAACAAGACUUUACGCCACAGUUGCAGGAGGACAAUUUGCAACUCAAGGUCGGGAAUUUCCAACAAAUACUAGUCAAGGGCCUAUAAUAGAUGAAGCUGAUUAAUGGAUCUUAUAUCUUCAUGAAAAAAUACCUGAUCAACAUUUCUACAUCAGGCUUGUUUCAUGUAGAUGGCGCUCUGCUUAAGGAUGUAAGAAAACUUUAAACCAAAUUGUCGUUGGAGGCGGAUUGUUCUUCAAGGCAUUCCAAAUGGAGGAUAAAAUU